CGGGCGAGCUUACGGAGGGUUUUGUUUCGCUUCCGUGAAAACAGACAGGGGACGGUGUUCCGAUUCCCGUAUAUCCGCGUGUGGCCAUUCCCGCAGGCGCCACCGACGAUCGCCGCUGCCGCAAACGCCGCCACCGCGCGGUCUGCCAUAUGGUGGUUGCUGGUUGGUGCCACGCGUCCACCGGAACCACUGCUGCGCGCACAGCCCCGUUGGGGUAGCUUCUCUGUGGACGGACACAGCCAGCCAGCCAGCCAGCCAGCGUGGUGGUCCAAGUGACCCACGACGACGAAGAAUCCUGUCGCACAGCACGCCAACGGCCGAGCCGCGCGCGCAGGAGAAUGGUUCCUGCUGACUCAUCCGGUCCACUGUAGAGCGAGAGAGAGCUUUGUGAAGCAGCCACCGGUUUUAGAAUCCUGGCACCACCACCCAUAGGCGACGACGACGAUGGACAACCGACUCAACAUUGGCUCGGAAGUGCGCGAGCUGAAGCUCGGCUCGACCUUCACCAACUCCGCACCAUCGAACGUGUUUCAUACGAUAAAAUACGAUUUCAAACCUGCCAGUGUGGACGUGAAUAAACCGGCCGUGCUGGAGGUUAGUGCCAACAAGCAGGUCACCGUUACCGUGCCGCACUUGGACGGUUCCGGUGUUCCGAACACAGUCUUCAAGGGCAACCACCGUGAUUACUCGCGGAAGGAGUGCGUGCUGAUCAUGAACCGGGCGACCGGUGAAAUAACGCUCGAGCAGCUCAACAGCGGGAUCGUGGUGAAAAAGACAAGAAUCGAAAACAAGGUGGUCAAUCCGCCACCGCCGCUGCCGACGAUAAAGGUGGAAAACAACACCGCGCGCCAGAGCUCGAAAACGAAGAUCACGACCGGCGUGCGGAAGAAUGCACCGAUCAGCUUCGUGCCAAAGCACUCGCCACUGCAGGGUUCCCCUUCCUACCCGCACCGGAGUCCCCAAUCGGCACCGGCCUGGAAUGCCAACAAUACUCAACAAACCUUGCCAAGCAUUCCGAUGAUCGGGCUGGACGAUGGGCUAGACUUUGGUGGUGGUGGUGGUGGUGGCCAUGCGACCGCCAUGCCGCCCUCCUCUUCCUCAAUCUCCUCUUCUUCCUCCGCUGCCGGCGUCGCUUCCUCAAUGAAUAACCACCAUCUGAACAACAAUAACCACCACCAUCACAACAACAGUGGGUCCAACAACAACCACCAUCAGCAGCACCAACAGCAACACCACCACCACCAACACAACAACAGCACCACAAACAAUCACAACAGCAGCAACAGUAGCACCGGUAGCAGCGGCAGCAGCAGCAGCUACCUGAACCACAGUUCGGGACAGAACAACCAUCACAACAACAGCAGCAGCAGCGGCGGCGGCGGCAGCAGCAGUAGUCACCACAACAAUCACCUCAGUGCUCCCUCCUCGUACGGCGGUGGCCGGAACCACCUGCACCCGGAACCACCGCCACCCAGCGUGGAGGUCAGCUUGCCGCCGUUGGAGCGAAACGAGCUGCUGCUGCUACCACCACCGGCUGUGACGGGAUUGGGAACGGGUGGUGGUGUGCCUGCAAGUAGCGAUCCAGAGAUGAUGACUUCAUCGGAGUCGGACGGUUCGGAUGAUUCCGAUUCGAGCAGCAGCGACCAGGAGUCGGACAGUUCGACCGAGGACAACAACGACUCACCACCAGUGAAAGAAUCUAUCUUCGAUCCUCGACCUGAUCUGGCGACGGUGGCCUCGGUUGCGGCGGUAGAUCUGAGCAAGGACCUGUGCCUCUCGUCCAACUCCGAUUCCGAUGACUAAGGGAGGAUCGAUCGAUCGCGUACCACACAAAUGCACGAAAUGACACACUGAAAGACACCGGCCACGGAGAGAGAGAGAGAGAGUCAAUGGAGAGUUCGGUGCGGAAGGAGCUGUUGAAAGAGUUUUUAAUUUGUAUAUCGUGUUUUUUUUUGUUACACCGGCAAGGAGGACCGGAUUGGGCGCCACCACGCGCCUACACCGUCUGUAGGACAAUUAUUUAUAUUUAUGCUCAAGGUCGUCCUCCGAUGAUUUCGGUUGGGGUGUUUCCAGGGAUAUGCGAGAGAGCGAGUUUUAGCGGGGAACGGAAUUAGUCACCGAGCAGAAGCGAUGCCGGAUGCCGCGCCGGAAACAGAGAAUAGCUAUAGAGCCCGCCGCCGCCGGGCUGGGACGCGGACUUAAGACAGUUCCCGGGGUUGGGUCGAAGAGCGAUCGCGCGAGCGAGCAACCCACAAAAAAAUCUGUAAAUAGUUAACCGAAUCUUUCCACUGCGCCACGCUUCCUUCCGGCUGCCACAAUGGCGGGGCGCGCCAUCAGUAAAGGAGACAGACGGGAACCGGAAAACCAGACACCAGAGCAGAGCGAAACCAGAACAGAACACCAACACCGACCGACGGCAACCAGAACGGUCAGUCCAGAACCAGCCGGAACCGGCGCUCUGCGCCCGAAGAAUGAUUAUAUUUUGUAAAAGAAAACUGGAAAAACGAAGAAAAAGAAGCGGACGGGGGGGACAGUGAGGGCGAAACGAAAAACAAACGGCUUCCGGAAUUGUAAUUAAAGCAAAUGAACUAUGUAU